AUGGAGAUACUUCCAGCCACUCCCGGAAAGCGCAAGUCGCCCAACGAAUCUUCUGACACCCAUUCCCACCCUUCCACUGUAGAGCUCUUCUACGACUGGCCCUCCGAUCGUAAGAUCCCACCCGAAGACGCAACGGUCGUCUACAUCAACACCAUGGUCGAGGCGAAGAAGCUUUCAAUUGGGGAUAAGAUCGCUGCGGUCCGUGAAGCCAUGGCUCAUCUUCUACAGCGCUUCUGGACGCUCGAUGGCCCUGCAUGCGCGAAGAAGCAUCCCCGCGAACGUAUGCGCACGAAGAGUCACAUCAACGCUGUGUUUGGUGCGAAGGACCUCCCGGAUGCAGAAAAGAUAAAUGUAGUCCGCGCAGCCGCCAUCCAUCUUCUCCAGUGCUUCACUGCAGUGAUCGAGAGAAAUGCCCCUGGUAGCGUCGGUUCGGACACUCUCGAAGGUCAUAUUAGGGACUUGCGCGCCUCGGAUGGAGCAUCCACCAGCAUUAGCAAGAAGACGAAGAUUGUUGUCAACGCUACCCUGUAUUUGCUGGAGGAGUUCUGCUUGGUCGACCCGAACACGUGCAUGACGGUCUGCGAAGAUGAGAACGGAUCUGACACUGGCAUUGGCUGUGGAUUAACGGGUGAGAGGGUCUUUCAUGCUACAGCAAGCGGUGCAGGCGAUUAG